AUGGUGGAUCUUGGUGGACUUGUGGCUACUAACUCUUACCUGUUUGCGAUGUUUGCCCGAGACACCUUCCGCCCCAUUACUUUGCCAAUAUGCUUAAUCCAGUAUUAUGCCUUGAAUGCUCACAGUAACCUCCUCAUUUGUACAGUCACCGCCAUGGCAAUUGACAGGUACUGUUUCAUCUGCCAGCCAUUUCAUUACGAAAGAAAAAUCACAAAUAGGCUAACAAUCAGAAUCCUGAGCAUUUCCUGGGUUUUUGCAGCUGUUUAUCCCAUGAUUUAUGGGCUUACAUUUGUUGGGCAAAAGUCUUGCCAGCUUGCUCAUUCCUGCAGCUUCUUUUGCACUCCUUCUUCUCUGGAAGACAUUUUGUGUUCCAAGGAUUUGUCUGUGUACGCCAAACUCUACCGGCUCACCAUAAUGGCUCUUCACCUUCUAGGGUCUUUUUCUCUGGUUGGUUUUUCCUACAACAGGAUUCUGAAAGUAUCAAGAACCAUGAACCACUGUAACUGCUCCAGAGAAUCGCUCACCACAGCCGCCACUCAUGGUUUAGUGCUAGCCAUUUUCUAUGCGUCAUUGGUGUUUUUUAUAGUGACAGGAAGUCUAGAAGUCAAAGAUCCCCUUAAAGAGAACCUCUUGUCCACGCUAAGGGCCAUUUCUGACCUUGUUUAUUUCAAUGUGCCUUCCAUUUUCAACCCCAUAAUCUACGGUUUGAGAAACAGAGAUAUAAGGGCAGGAGUGAUUAAGUUGCUGAGGCUACAACACAUACUGGGUGCCUAA